UUUUAAAAUUUCCAUAUUCCAUUAUUUAUUUUCCUAACCGGAAGCUUUCCAAUAAUAUAAAAGGCAAUAUCGCCGCUCCUCUGAUUUGAUCGCCAAAAAUCCAAAUCGAAACUCUCUUCUUCGCUUUCAAUUUCAAAAAAGGGAAAAUUAUGGACAAGGCGAUAAACAGACAGAAAAUUCUUCUCGAUCACCUCCGUCCUUCUUCUUCUUCUUCUUUACAUAAUUACGACUCUUCUCUUUCUGCAUCAGCUUGUUCAGCAGGCGAUAGCGCUGCUUAUCAGAGGACUUCAGUUUAUGGAGAUGAUGCUGUGAUUGUAGCAGCACAUAGAACUGCUUUGUGCAAGUCCAAGCGUGGUGGUUUCAAGGAUACCUUUGCGGAUGAUUUACUUGCUCCUGUUUUGAAGGCAUUGAUAGAGAAAACUAAAUUGAACCCAAGUGAAGUUGGGGAUAUUGUUGUGGGAACAGUGUUAGCACCAGGAUCUCAAAGAGCAAGCGAAUGCAGGAUGGCUGCAUUCUAUGCCGGCUUUCCUGAAACUGUGCCUAUUAGGACAGUUAACAGGCAAUGUUCGUCUGGGCUUCAGGCAGUUGCUGAUGUAGCUGCUGCUAUCAAAGCAGGAUUUUAUGACAUUGGUAUUGGAGCUGGUGUGGAAUCCAUGACGAUUAAUCCAAUGUCUUGGGAUGGAGAUGUCAAUCCAAAGGUAAAGGCAUUUGAGCAAGCCCAGAAUUGCCUUCUGCCCAUGGGUGUUACUUCAGAAAAUGUUGCACAUCGUUUUGGAGUGACUAGACAGGAGCAGGAUCAGGCUGCAGUGGACUCUCAUAGGAAGGCUGCUGCCGCCACUGCUGCUGGAAAAUUCAAGGAUGAAAUCGUUCCUGUUGCUACCAAGAUUGUUGACCCAAAGACUCGUGAGGAGAAACCUAUCACAGUUUCUGUUGAUGAUGGUAUUCGCCCCAACACAUCAGUGUCAGAUCUUGGUAAACUGAAGCCUGUAUUUAAAAAAGAUGGGACCACCACUGCUGGGAAUUCUAGCCAAGUAAGUGAUGGAGCUGGGGCUGUGUUGCUCAUGAAGAGAUGUGUUGCAAUGCAUAAAGGGCUACCCAUCCUUGGAGUAUUCAGGAGUUUUGCUGCUGUCGGUGUAGAUCCUGCCAUCAUGGGCAUUGGCCCAGCUGUUGCAAUUCCUGCUGCAGUGAAGGCUGCUGGUCUAGAACUUAACGACAUUGAUCUUUUCGAGAUAAAUGAGGCCUUUGCUUCCCAGUUUGUUUAUUGCCGAAAGAAAUUGGAGCUAGAUCCAGAGAGGAUUAAUGUCAAUGGGGGUGCAAUGGCCAUUGGACACCCUCUGGGAGCAACAGGUGCCCGAUGCGUAGCUACUCUACUGCAUGAGAUGAAGCGUCGUGGUAGAGACUGUCGUUUUGGAGUGGUGUCAAUGUGCAUAGGCACAGGAAUGGGAGCCGCAGCUGUUUUUGAAAGGGGAGAUGCUUGUGAUGACCUCUGCAAUGCCCGGAAAGUAGAAACCAGUAAUCUGUUAUCUAAGGAUGCUAUGUAAACGGAUGAACUCUAUUGAUUAUUGUAGAACUGGAUCAAUAAUACUUUAGGGGGAGAUCACACUCCCGAUGAAGCUGUGUAAUAAGGCGGUUUUAUAAUUUUUUUAUUUAAGAAAGAAAAAGAAAAACCGAAAUGCAGAAAUCAGAUUUGUUUUAUUUCGUUA